UCCAAGUUUGAAAGUUGUGAUCUUUGAGUUACUAUUUUCCCCGGAAGCCAUGGCCGUUGCUCAGGGAAGACAAACUCCAGAAGCUGAUUCCUCUCCAAAGAACAAGCGAGGGAGACCAGUCAAGAAUGAAGAAAAACGAAAAGUCUGCUUUAAUGCUAAAAAGCCUGAAAGUAAGAAAACAAAGAUAACUGUCAAAAGAACAUCACCCGAUUAUUCGUCUUCAACAUUGGAACGAGCAAAAGAUGUUCAAGCAAAUCUAGCGCCUGAGUUCCCUAGCUUAGUCAAAUAUAUGCUCCAUUCACAUGUUACUGGGGGAUUUUGGCUGGGUCUUUCGAAAAAAUUCUGUGAUUUGCAUAUGCCAAAGCAUGAUACGAUGUUUGUUUUGGAAGAUGAAAGCGGGCAAGUAAGUGUAGCAAAGUAUCUUGCAGAAAAGGUGGGAUUGAGUGGUGGGUGGAGAGCAUUUUCAAUUGCUCACAAGUUAGUGGAGGGAGAUGUCGUGGUUUUCCAGUUAGUCUCUCCUACCAAAUUCAAGGUCUACAUUAUUGGAUCAAAGUGUUCAGAUGAGGUGGAUUGUGCACUUGGUCUUCUGAAAUUAGAGACUCGCCCUAAGAAAGCGGAAACUGGGGAUAUGAAUGCUUUGGAAAGGGAAACUGAGAGUUUGGAGCUUCUUCUUGAGGGAAACCCUGAUGACAAUAUUCAAAAGACUAGGUCUGAUAUGUCAGUUCAAUACGGCAAAGACAGUGAAGAUAUCAGACCUGAAGUUUUGGACGGAAUUAAAUUCUCGGAUUCAGUUAUCCCUUUCGAAGAAAUGAGAAGCAUUGAUGAAUUCGACAUAACAGCAAAUGGUCUGAUAAUAAACUCCGAGCUUCCUCAAUACUUGCACGGCAAGUACUAUGAGCUAUGUUGCAGCCAGAAAGCGUUUCUCCACAAGCAUCUCAUCGAUGGCCUUAACUGCAAACUGGUGGCUGGAAUCAUUUUGGAGACUACCAACAUCGCUAACGCCAUCAGAGCCAGCAAGAUUACCACCCCGGUUGAUGAUUUUGCCACUUGGGAUAAGACUCUGAAAGCCUUUGAAGGAUUGGGCAUGAAAAUCGAAUUCCUACGUGACCGGCUAGACGGGCUAAUAAAUCUAGCUUCGGAGUCAAAGAAAUACGAAAAUGUCAAAGUUGAAAGGGACAGUGUAAAAGAGGAAUUGGGUGUUUUAGAGGCAAAGGUUUUAGCCGUGAAAGGGAGAAUGACAAGGCUUGACACAGAGUUUGAAGCUCUUGGAAUGAAUUAUCAGGAACUUGAGGUUAUGUUCCGGAAAGUUGCUACUGCUCCUUGGUAA